UAAACAAUAACAGUUCAACUGCGCGAAAAAAUUAGAAAAAAUAUCCUCUGUUCCAAUACAAAUUAAGUAACUAACACUGAAUAUAAGAAUUGUGAAAGAGAAAAGAUGAAAAUAAACUUAAAUUCUAAGUAUCGGUCCUUCGUAUGUAAUGUGCUACUUAAAAAGGGACAUGUUUCUCUAAUAAUCAAAAAUUAUGCAUCCCUUUCGAACGUUUCAUCUAGAAAUGUAAAAUUGAACAACACUGAAAUAGACUCACAUUACUUUGGUUUCGAAAAAGUUUCCUCCUCGGAGAAAAGAGACAAAGUGCAAACAGUUUUCUCAGAAGUUGCUGGGAAAUAUGAUUUAAUGAAUGAUGCUAUGAGCUUGGGAAUACAUCGCUUAUGGAAAGAUAUCUUCAUUCAAACACUUUCUCCUACUCCUGGAACAAAGCUGUUGGAUGUAGCUGGAGGAACUGGUGACAUAGCUUUUCGUUUCCUGCAAGCAACAUUAGGUAGUCGGUCUCAUGAUGCCCCAAAUACUUUACAAACUGAAGAGAAUGACACACAUACAAAUGAAAGUCAUGUAGUUGUAUUGGAUAUGAAUGACAAAAUGUUAUCAAUUUGCAAUGAAAGAAGCAAAGAAGCAGAUUUGCAGAAAUAUCUAACCUGUAUUCAAGGAAAUGCAGAAUGCCUACCAUUUCAAGAUAAUAGCUUUGAUGCUUAUACUGUAGCUUAUGGUAUAAGGAAUGUUGUUCAUAUUGAUAAGGCACUUAAUGAAGCACAUCGUGUACUCCGUCCGGGUGGUCGCUUUUUGUGCCUUGAAUUCAGCACGGUCAAAAGUCCAACACUUGGGAGAAUGUACGACUGGUACUCUGAAGAAAUUAUUCCAGUUUUGGGACAAGUUAUUGCGGGUAACUGGAAAGCAUACCAAUACUUAGUUGAAAGCAUUAGAAAAUUUCCUGAUCAGGAGGAGUUUUCUAUUAUGAUAGAAGAUGCUGGUUUUAGUUUAGUCUUACACAAGAAUUUGUUAAAUGGUAUUAGUGCAAUUCAUUCAGCCUAUAAGCUAUAAUAUUUUUUAUUAACACAAAUAUGUAAAUUUUAACAAUGUACAAAGUGUACAACACAUGAAAAUAAAUAUUUAUAAACAAAUGGUGUUCGGUGAACAAAACUUCAUAUGAAAAUUAACAGUAAAGAUAAUAGUUUUGCUUUGAAACCAGUCCCAUGAUCAUAGGAAAAGAAAUGAAUUGUACAAACUUGAU